CCUGUAUUUGAUUACGAUGUAAACGCCAACAUUGAAAACCCUGAAUACCCUAACACUUGGAUCGCUGUCAUGACGUCCAGAGAUGUGCCGCUCAAUAGUGUUAAGCCCUUUGAAAUGUGUGGCAAACAAUGUGUGGCAUUCAGGGGUGGAUCGGGUGUUGUGAACGUGUUGUCCGCCUAUUGUCCACAUUUGGGCGCAAAUCUCGGUGUCGGCGGACAUGUGGUGACUGAGUCAGAGUCGGGCGACGACUGUAUUCAGUGUUCAUUCCAUGGCUGGAGGUUUGGCGGAGACGGACAGUGCAAACGCAUACCUAAUCUUAACAAUUCUGAACUAAAGCCAUUGAAAGCUGAGGUAAUUUUAGAAAAUGGAUCCGAUUUCCAUCACACUGUUUACCGUCACGAUGUGCUCAUACCAUAUAUAGCUCGUGCAAAAUUUACGUUCGAUGAGUCAUACGGCCCGGAUAUGGAAGCAAUCAUACGUGGUACAAUCACCAUCUAUCUACUUGGCUACCAGUUGGUCACUGUAUCCUUUAGAGUAUGGCACUUGUCCCCAGUGUUGGGGCUGCUAUCCAUUGGCACCGAGAGCUCAUUCCUGGGCACUGUAGCAGCAUUGGCCACCACUGUACCAUUGCAGCAUGUAGGGUACAAGGUGGAUUCGGAUUCAGUGGUUUGGGCUAACUAUCAAAGACCUAAACGUCCCGUAUUUACCCGCAAUGACGAGGAAAUUGUUAAAUACCGGCGAUGGUGUCAAAAUGUUGUGCCGUUUGAAAUGUGUGGCCAACAGUUGGUGGCAUUCAGGGGUGGAUCGGGUGCUGUCCACGUGUUGUCCGCCUAUUGUCCACAUUUGGGCGCAAAUCUCGGUGUCGGCGGACAUGUGGUGACUGAAGUCGGNCUCGGUGUCGGCGGACAUGUGGUGACUGAGUCAGAGUCGGGCGACGACUGUAUUCAGUGUCCAUUCCAUGGCUGGAGGUUUGGCGGAGACGGACAGUGCAAACGCAUACCUAAUCUCACCGAUUCUGAACUAAAACCAUUGAAAGCUGGGUACUACUCGGAGGACAAAGACCCGGAUCACUACCCAAAAGACAUUUUCGAAAAAUUUGUAACACAUUAUAUUUUACAAAAUCUAAUCAUGGGAUUUAUAGUUUUCGAGAAUGGGGCCGAUAACCAUCACACUGUUUACCGUCACGAUGUGCUCAUACCAUAUAUAGCUCGUUCAAAAUUUACGUUCGAUGAGUCAUACGGCCCGGAUAUGGAAGCAAUCAUACGUGGUAGAAUCACCAUCUAUCUGCUUGGCUACCAGUUGGUCACUGUACCCUUUAUGGUGUGGCACUUGUCUCCAGUGUUGGGGUUGUUAUCCGUUGGCACCGAUAACUCAUUGCUGGGCACCGUAGUGGUCGUGGCCACCACUGUACCAUUGCAGCAUGUCGACUAUACGCUAUGGUGUUUGGGAUACUGCUUGAAAAACAGGUUGAUUCUGAUUGUGUGGUUUGGUGUAACUAUCAAAGAGUCAAACGCCCGAUAUUUACCCGCAAUGACGAGGAAAUUCUCUAAAUUAACAUGGUUACAAUUGUUUGCCGCGUUCAUAUUUGGUUUGACCACAUAUUAUUUGGCACGAUUUUACUCUCAGCUCGCUAAUUACCCACCAGGCCCAUUCCCAUUGCCAUUAAUUGGCAAUAUACUACUGUUUAGAAAUAUGAAACAACACACAAACCAAGAAUUGACAAAACUAUACAAACUGUAUGGACCGGUGGUCACCUUAUGGAUGGGUCCCAUACCUGUUAUAUUGAUUGGUGAUCUCGAUAUUGGACACGAUAUUAACAACACAUACGCUAUUUAUGAGUUUAUACCCAUUUUUCGUUAUUUUAUGGCCAAUCCGUUGCGAAAAUUACAACAAAUAUACAACAAAUGCUUUGAAUACACAAAGAAUGAGCUAAAAAAACGUGAAAAUGCUUACGACGAGAGCAAUGGUCAGGACUUUUGUAAAUUGUUUAUCGGCGCUAAACACAGGGCAGAGGCGGACGGGAAGCCAGAGUUGGAGUAUUUAAAUGACAAUAACAUCGCAGCGACAACAAACAGCACACUAUUAUGGCUAAUAUUAUUGAUGACAUAUUAUGGCAAUUGGCAGCAAAAAAUGAGAGAUGAGAUCAAUGAUAAAUUGGGCGAUAGGGCACCGGUUGUGGGCGACAAACAAUGCUUGCAUAAUGUUAUGGCAUUUCUAUACGAAACUAUGCGCUAUAGAAAUACAGCACCCAUUGGAGCACCGCAUACGACAUUAGCCGACACUAUAAUAGUUACUUAA